AACAAUUCCAUUUCAUCACAAUCAAGUAAUUAUGGAAACUACUCCUGAAUUCCUCCAUGGAUCAUUCACACCCGAAAAACGAUACUCUGAUGUUAAAAGUGAGACUUUUGCCAUUGACGACCUCCUCAAUUUCCCUAAUGAUAUUGAGGAAGCUUAUGAUGACGUUGGAGAUGUUCCAAAUGCUGCUGGAACGUCUACCGACUCAUCCAUUAUCACCACUGCAGUCGACAGCUGCAAUUCCUCUGGGGACGGUGUUCCCCAGGGCCUCCCCGACACUCAAUUCUCUCAUGAAAUUUGCUUCCCUUAUGAUGAUAUGGCUGAACUAGAAUGGCUAUCGAAUUUCGAGGAGGAAUCGUUUUCAACCGAAGACAUGGAGAAGCUUCAAUUGAUAUCAGGAGCCAAGGCCCGACAGGGUGGCUCAUUCGCAACACACCAAUUUCAGCACGAGCGUGACAAUCAUGCCAACAAUCCUAUAUUUAACGCGGACAUGAUGGUCCCAGGAAAGGCCCGUACCAAGCGUUCUCGUGCUGCACCGUGCAAUUGGACUUCUCGUCUUCUUGCUCUCUCUCAACCGGCGGCAACUAUGUGUCCUAACCCCACCAUGUCAUCCGAGUCAGAGUCUGACAUUGCCUCAAGCUCAAUUGGCAAGAAAACUGUUAAGCUUCCACCAAAGAAAAAAGAAGUUUAUGACAACGAAUCCCAUAACGGAGACGGUAGAAAAUGUCUCCAUUGCGCCACUGAUAAAACCCCUCAGUGGCGUACUGGACCAUUAGGUCCAAAAACGCUUUGUAAUGCUUGUGGGGUUCGCUACAAAUCUGGUAGACUAGUACCAGAGUACAGACCUGCCGCGAGCCCCACAUUUGUUCUAGCAAAACACUCAAAUUCGCAUCGAAAGGUACUUGAGUUAAGGAGACAAAAGGAGAUGCAAAGUGUACCACAACAACCACCAUACUUCCAUCAUCAAAAUAUGAUGUUUGAUGUAUCCAAAGGGGAUGACUACUUAAUCCACCAACACAUUGGACCAGAUUAUCGUCAACUUAUUUAAUUAAUAAGACUGGUGUAGGGUGGUUCAAGUGCAAAUUAAGGCGUAAUUUUCAGCUUUUUUUUUCCUUAGCUUUUGGAAAUUAAAUUAGUUAAAUUUGCGAUUUUUACACCAAAAUUUCAUUGGGUUAUUAAGUUCUAGCUUAUGAAGUUUUGAGAGGAAACAAAAAUAGUGGAAUUUAAUUAGGAGGGGUACCUUAGAUGCUUGUAAUGACAAUUGAGUUUUCA